AUGUCUAAUAGACAAUCGGUUGUUAAAGUACAUUGUUUACCAUUUCGAGAAUAUUUUUCUGCUGAUAAUAUUAAAUCUACUCUUCGUGGUUUUGUUUAUGAAUAUGAAACACCAAAAAUUGUGACAAUUCAUUCAGUAUCAAUCGCUCUUAUGUGUCGAUUGAUUCAAUUACUUAUUUUAAUCUAUGGUAUUGCAUAUUUAAUGAUACAUAAAAAAGGUUAUCAAGAAACAGAUACAUCAAUUAUUUCAUCAAUUACAUUAAAAGUUAAAGGUAUUGGUUAUAAUCAAACAGGUGAUAAUCAUACAUUAGUUAUUGAUGGUGCAGAUUAUAUUGUACCACCACAAGAAAAUAAUGCUUUAUUUUUAAUGACAAAUUUUAUUCGAACUGAUCAAGAACAUAAACGAUGUGAAGAAUCUCCUUUUGAUUCAAAAACAGCUUGUCCAGAUAACGCUCAUUGUGAGAAGCAUAAAAAUUAUCAAAAAGCUAAUGGAAAAUGGACUGGUCGUUGUUUAUUUCAAAAUAAUUCUUCAGCAAAUAAGUCAAGAUCAAAAUCUGGUCGAUGUGAACUUGAAGGUUGGUGUCCGGUUGAAAAUGAUGGUUAUAUUCCUGAGCCAAUUCGUGAUGCAUUAAAUUUUACAAUAUUUGUGAAAAAUUUUAUUGAAUUUCCACGUUUUAAAGUUAUUAGAAAAAAUAUUCAAUUUGAUGCUAAUUAUUUAAAAAGUUGUAAUUAUGAUAAUGUAACUCAUAAAACAUGUCCUAUAUUUCGUGUUGGAACAUUACUUGAUAUUGUUGAAAGUAAUCGAACUGAACAACAUUAUAUGUUAAGAUCCGGUGGUGUGAUACGUGUUAAAAUUGAUUGGAAUUGUAAUUUAGAUAAACAUUUAGAUCUUUGUUUACCAGAAUAUACAUUCGGGCGUUUGGAUGCAUCAUAUAAAGAACAAUCAUUUUCACAUGGAUUUAAUUUUAGAUUUGCAUCACAUUGGAAAUAUCAAAAUCGAUCGUAUCGUACAUUAACCAAAGCAUUUGGUCUUCGUUUUAUUAUUUCUGUUAGUGGUCAUGCUGGUAAAUUUGAUCUAAUAACAUUAACAUUAAAUAUUGGUUCAUUAAUUGGUAUUCUUGGUUUAGCAACAUUUAUAUGUGACAUUGUUGCAUUAUAUGUACAUCGUCAAUCCGAUGUUUAUCGUCAACAAAAAUUUCAAGAUGUUGAUUUAAAUUUAUUACAAUUAGAAACAUUAAAUACUCUUCCAUUAAAUAUGAUGAGUGAUGAAGCAAAAGAAAAUCAUGCUAAUCAUGUUGAACAAGCUAUAUUAACUGGUCAUAUUAUUAAUCGUAAUAAUGAUUUCUCAUUAAAUAUUGAAAGUCCUCAUAAAGAAAAAUUUCGACGAGAUAGUCUUACACAUCAAGAUGCAUAUGAUGAUGCAUCAUCAUUAUCAAAAAGUACAAAUCAACAAUCAACACCAAUGUUAAUCUAUGGAAAUUAUCAUCAACAAAAAUUAGGUUUAACAAAUUCAUUAACUAGUAGUCCAUUAUCAUUAUCAUCUAUUAAACAACGACGGUCUGUCGCAACACGACCAUCGCAAUUAAAACUUUUUCAAAAUGAUAAAAAUCAAUUAUAUGAUAAAACAAAUAUUGUUUAUGUUGAUGAUGAUACACCAGAUCUUAGUGAAAGAACUGAAUCAAAUCAAUUAAAUGAUGAAAAAAUUUAUUUCAAUCCUAAUCCAUCACCUAAUCGUGCGCAGACUACUCGAAUAACACCAAAAAUUGAAACAUUUUUAUGA